CGGCAUCAUCUUCUUUCCCGCUUCAGUAAACCGACACAAACCCUCUCUCCCGCUCUCCGUAUCCCCUCAAUAUCCUCGCCCCCCCAAUUCGCCAUUCCCGCUUCGUGAUCGCACUAAAACCCUAACCCCAAUCCUCGUUAAUGGAGAGGGACUCUUCUUCCUCCGACGAUGACGAGGAUCGCCGCACCCUCGUCCCCCAGAGCGAGGCGAAGCCCCCUCCCCCUACACCUCCCCCCGCCGCCGCCGCCGCCGCAGUGUUCGAGAUCGCCCGUGGCGCUGCCGCCUCCGCCGCCCGCAGCUGCGGCGGCGGCGGAGGCGGCGGCUUCUGGUCGAGCAAGCGCUACCUCCUCCUCGCAGUGUGCCUCCCCCUGGUCCUCAUCCUCCUCUUCUUCUCCCUCGACCUCGGCCGCCUCUUCCGCGGCGUCUCCGUCAUCCGCGUCGCCGGCGACGGCGGAGACGGCGGAGACCGGAUGCGGGAGGCCGAGCUCCGCGCUCUCUACCUCCUCCGCAACCAGCAAUCCAGCCUCGUCAAGCUCUGGAACCGCACGGUUUUCAACGCGGCCCCGUCGCCCGCCGUGGCUCCCGCUUCGGCGAGCUCGAAUUCGUCUUCGGCUAAGGUAGAUCUGCCGCCGCAUUCCUCGAUCUCUCUUUCUUCCGACGAAUUCAGAUCGGCAUUGCUCGAACAAAUCAAGCUCAACAGGGAGAUCCAAAAGGCUCUCCUUUCCUCGCACAGGCUCGGGAACAUCACGUCAGAGCCUUUCGACGAGGACGCGGGCUUCGAUCCCUCUAAUUCGGGGCUUGAUCUCUGUAGAAAGGUGGAUAAACUGUCCGGCAGAAGGACGAUCGAGUGGAGACCGAAGAAAGACAGGUUCUUGUUCGCAAUCUGUCUGUCCGGUCAGAUCUCCAACCAUUUGAUCUGUUUGGAGAAGCACAUGUUCUUCGCGGCGCUUCUUGAUCGCACCCUGAUAUUGCCGAGCCCAAAACUCGAUUACGAAUAUGACCGCAUUUUGGAUAUCAAUCACAUCAAUGAGUGUUUCGGCAGGAAGGUGGUAAUGCCAUUUGAGGAAUUCUCAGACAUGAAGAAGAACAAGAUAACCAUAGAUAGGUUUAUAUGCUAUAUUGCGUCGCCGCCUUGUUUUCUGGAUGAGGAACACAUUAAGAGGUUGAAGACUAUGGGGAUUUCCCUGGGCAAGAUCGAAGCGGCAUGGCCGGAAGAUGCCAAGUUGAAGGAACAAAAGAAGAGAGUGGUAGGGGAUAUUACACCAAAGUUCUCGUCCGAUGCGGAGGUUCUUGCAAUUGGGGAUAUGUUUUAUGCAGAUGUGGAGGAAGACUGGCUGAUGCAGCCUGGCGGCCCGCUGGCACACAAGUGCAAGACUGUGCUCCAACCAAGCAGGCUUAUCAUGCUCACGGCGCAGCGAUUUGUGCAGACUUUCUUGGGAAGCAACUUUAUCGCUCUUCAUUUUCGUCGGCAUGGUUUCCUAAAAUUUUGCAAUGCCAAGAAAGAGAGCUGCUUCUUUCCCAUCCCCCAGGCGGCUGAGUGCAUACUACGAGUGGUCGAGAGAUCCAAUGCCCCCGCGAUCUAUCUAUCCACUGACGCUGCUGAGAGUGAAACGAAUCUUCUCCAAUCCUUGGUUGUGUUAAAUGACAAGCCAGUCCCGCUCGUCAAGAGGCCAGACCAUAAUAAUGUUGAAAAAUGGGAUGCCCUAUUAUACAGAAAUCACAUUGGCGGGGAUAGUCUGGUCGAGGCAAUGCUGGAUAAGACAAUAUGUGCAUUGUCGAACGUAUUUAUAGGAUCCUCUGGUUCGACAUUCACCGAAGACAUUCUUAGACUCAGAAGGGGUUGGGGUUCUGCAUCUCGGUGUGACGAGUACCUUUGCCAGGGCGAACGGCCCAACUACAUAGCUGAACAAGAAUAAGAGGAAAACAAACUACGAGAUUCGGUAAUUCAUUGCAUCUCUCCUCGUCUACUCUCUACAACUUCUACGCCUCUGGUUGUUGUAUGUAUAUUAAUGUGUACAAUUAUAGUGUGACCUUGAUUGAUUCAUUUUUCGAACCACUUAUUUGAUUUUAUGAAGUUAACAGCCACCAUUUCUUCCUACCAAAGUCAGUCCCCUUUCGUUCGAA